CUCAAUAGAAAAAAAUAAAAAAAAUUAUCAAACCCUAACUCUUUUUACACUCUCUCUUUCCGCCUACAAAUUCUUCAUCCCAAACACUGAUCAUCAUCAUCUUCAUCAUUCAAUUGAAACCCUAGCGGUGCCAUACAUAUAUAUCUGUAUCUAUAUCUAUAUUACGAUCCGGUUGAAUAAUGGAAGAUGAUGAUGAGUUCGGAGAUCUAUACACGGAUGUUCUCCAGCCGUUUCAGAUGACGUCAUCUUCAUCAGCACCGCCGGUAGAAUCAAAGCCACCGCCGGCUCCACCGCCGAUUGGCAGGUCGAUCGAUCUGAAUGAUCGAAUUCCGAGCGAUGAUGAAGAGAUAUUAUACGGAACGAAGAAUUCAGGUGAUUUGAAAAUUGAUCAGAAGCCUGGAUUGAAUUUGAAUAUUGAAUCAGGAGGAGGUAGGGUUUUGGUGAAGGAAGAAGAAAGUAAGGGUUUUGUUAAAGAAGAAGAAGAGGUGAAUUAUGUGGAUGAAGUGAAAGGUGAAGAAUUGAUGAAAUUUGGGAUUGAAGAAGAAGAAGAUGACGAUGAUGAUGCUAAUAAUGUUGAGUUUGUGAUACCGGGGUUAUCGAAUUCGGGCGUUUCUAGUUUGAGAGUCGCAGAGCUAAAAACGGAGGCAGGGGAAGGUGGUGUUGGGGAUGAGUGGGAUGAUGAUAGUGAUAGUGAGGAUGAUUUGCAGAUAGUGUUGAAUGAUGAAAUGAAUGGAGGUGGGAUGAUGAUGGGAAUUGGGAUGGAAGGCGGGUUGGAGGAAGACGACGAUGAAGACGGCGAUAAUUUAGUGAUCGUCGAGGGAGAUGUGAAUCUUCAAGGAAUGGAGGAGAUGCAGGAAUGGGGAGAAGAUGGUGGACAAGGGGGAGAAGCAGGUGGAGAAAGGAAAGGCGAUGGUGGCGAUGGGAAAGGUGACAGUGGAGGCGUUGGAACAGGUGCGCAGAAGAUUGGAUACGGCGUCGUUGGUGGUCAUGUGUAUCAUUCGUUUCAUUCUCAGUUUAAGUAUGUGAGACCUGGUGCUGCUCCUAUGCCUGGAGCAGGUUCUGUAGCAACUGGAGGAGCCCCAGGCCAAGUACGUCCACCUGCAAGUAUGUUACCUUUUGCUGGUAGAGGUAGAGGUGAAUGGCGGCUACCUGGAAUAAAAAAUGUUCCUCCCAAUAUGCAGAAAAGUUUUCAUUCAGGUUAUGGGAUGCCUGGUUGGGCAAACAAUGGAGCAGGACGUGGAUUUGGCAGUGGACUCGAUUUCACACUUCCCUCACAUAAGACUAUAUUUGAAGUGGACAUUGAUGGCUUUGAUGAAAAACCAUGGAGACUCCAGGGUAUUGACAUAUCAGAUUUUUUCAAUUUCGGUAUGAAUGAGGAAAGUUGGAGGGAAUAUUGUAAACAACUGGAACAACAUCGCAUGGAGGCGACAAUGCAAAGCAAAAUUCGUGUCUAUGAAAGUGGGAGGACUGAACAGGAGUAUGAUCCUGAUCUCCCGCCAGAGCUAGCAGCAGCAGCAGGUCAUGACUUGUUAUCUGAAAAUCGUAACAUGGUAAAACCUGAGGUGCAAAAUGACUUAGCAAAAGGAUCUGUGCAGGCUCGUACGCAAUUGCCAACUGGAAAAGCAAUACAAGUGGAAACUAGUUAUUCUGAACGGCUUCCUUCUAUUGAUACACGGCCACCACGGAUGCGUGAUUCUGAUGCUAUCAUCGAGAUUGUCUUGCAGAGAUCUCCAGAUCGUGAAUCUCUUCCAGAAGACGAUGUUGAUGCUGCUGCUGAGCAUCUUGUAGAUAUUCCUACAAAAGAAAGUCACAGAGAAGGUCCGGAAACUGAAGAUGCAAUUGGAUCAGAAGAUGAUCAUUUUGAUAAGCCACAUGCUUAUAAUGGUAGGAAGAGAGAAGGUUCUGGAAGAGGAGUCGUGGUCAUUGGUUCUACACAUGAGUUGGCAUCUACAGGUGAUCGGGUGUCACAUUUUUCGGAAACAGAAGUUGAAGACCGUUAUAAUUCAAGAGGCAAGACUUCGUCCUACCCUAGCAAGAAACAUAACUCUUCUCGCAAUCACAUUGAGAGGCCAAUGAAGAGAGCAGCAGCCGACAGAUCACCUCGUUUGAUGGAUAGCGGAACUCCACAGGAUAAAAUUUUUAAUAAUCAAAACGACGAGUCAACUGAAAGUGUUGACCGUAAUCAGAGUCUAUCAUCAUCUCCUGUGACACUAGGCAGUGCUGAAGAUCGAAGCGUUGACCAAAAUAAUGGUACUAAAGAAGAUGUUAUAGUUACUGAUGGAAAUACAUAUGCUGAUGAUACUUUUAAAGACGAGAAAAUAAGACAUACAAUGAAAAAACAAAAACUCAUCACUCGAGUUGAACUUUCUUCUGUUGAAAGAGGUGAAGAUGGAGAGGAUUCGAAAGCUGCAAGAAGUAGUGAAAACAGCAAAGCAAGAUCCGGAAGUAGCAAAGAUAUGGAGCAUGAAGUGGUUCAAGUUCGGGGUUCAAUUUAUAGCGGAAACAUCCGGAAACCUGCCAAUGAAGAUGAGCAUAGUCAUCGAACCAGAGGUCGUGAUGAGAAACAAGAGCGAGAAAGGCACCAGAUGCCAAUGAAGGGUAUGGAAGAUCCGUAUACUCAAAGAAAGUGGGAAUCCAAUCAAGGGUAUCGGUCACACGUGAAAUCUGAAAAUUUUGAUAGAAAACAGGGGAGAGAACCCGAAGGAGUGUGGCUUGAAGAUAUGAGGAAGAGAAGCCAUGAUGAGGAAAUGGUGUCGCGCCACCGACACAAGGCUCGGGAAAAUGAAAGAAGUGAUAAAAAUGAACAUCGGUCAAGAAAACCAUUGGAAAACGGUAUUUGGAAGGGCGACCAUGAUAGAGAUAUGAUUCCUCAAUUGAAGCGCGAUGAUGGUUUUAAAACCCGUCAUAACAUUCCAGAUGGUAUGCAUAGCAAAAGAGAGACGAGCAUAAAAGAAAGCACGAGUCGGCGGAAACGAGAAAGAGAUGAUAUUUUGGAUCAGUCUAAACGAGAUGAUGAACAACACUUGUUUAGGUACAAAGAAGAGGGUCGAUUGCAGAGAGAGAAAGUAGAGAGACAAAGGGAAAGGGACGAGUGGAAAGAAAGAGACAGUCAUAGAGGAGGACAUUCUAGAAUGAAGGAAGAUUAUAGAACUUCAGAAAAAGAAUAUCCCUUCAAAGAGGUGGUUCGGGAACCGAUAAGUAGAAGGGAAAAGUUUGAAAAUGAAAGCGUUCCUAGACAUCGAGGGCGUGAAGAUGCGUAUGCACAUGGAAACAAGAUAAAUAAUGAAGAAAGAAUAUCGAGACAUGAUAGGGGAUAUACUGCUAGUUCUAAAGAUAUGCAUGGGGUGCAAGAGAAAAAGCAUAAAGAAUCUGUAAGGAAGGGUAAGGAAACUGAUGGUGGUGUUCACAGUUCCCUAGCUACUUCAAGGAGGAAUCGUGAAGAUCAUAUCAGUCAGAAAAGUGAGCGGGCGAGCUCGAGAGGCAUGCUUGAACAACGAAGUAGCGAUCAAAACCCCAUGCCACGGAAAUCUUCUAAAAAACACAAGGAAAAUGCUUCAUCCGAGGAUGAACAACAAGAAUCGAAGAAAGGACGUUCAAAACUAGAAAGAUGGACAAGCCACAAAGAUAGGGAUUUCAAUCUGCCGACUAAAACAUCAGCCUCACUUGAUCUGAAAGAAACUGAUAGAUAUAAUGACAAUGGUCCCCCUUCAAAACCUCUGGAAGAAUCUUCCAAGCCUCAAGAGAUCAUUGAGACUCCAAAGCCUUUGGCGGAAGAGAAAAAUGAUGAUCCAAAACCAGAAGAUAAACAUUUGGACACAGUUGAGAAGUUGAAAAAACGAAGUGAGCGGUUCAAGCUUCCUAUGCCAAGUGAGAAGGAAGCUUUGAUAAUCAAAAAGAUUGAAAACGAACCAUUGCCUUCGGUCCAACCUGAAAUCCGACCCGAGUCUGAUGUCAAGCCCGAGCGGCCUGCUCGGAAACGCCGAUGGACAAGUGGCUAAAAUUAUCAAUAAAAACCAGGAAAAUUUCUGGCUGGCUCGACUAGGCUUAUGAACUUUGUAACAAUGAUGUAGCCUUUUACUAUUAAUUUUUUACUUUUUUUUUAUAUAUAAAGGUGUAUUGUAUAUUUUGUGCGGAAAAUGUAACGAUAUGGUGACCAAAGUUGGCACAGAACAUGUUAUAUCAAGUGACAUUAUUAUAGUUGAGCUUUAGGACUUGUAGAAGCUAAUCCAACAGCCUUCUUCAUCCUGCAAGAAGUUUGAUUGUGAUGUAGCCUUUUUUCUCCCUGUGAUGGGAAGUUACAGUAGCUGCAGAUGAAUGGGAGGGUUAUUUUCCAAAGACGCAUGAGGUAUGCUCAGCUCGUCAGCCACGGAAAGUUCUCUAAAAUACAUACAUGUUUAUCAUUUUUGUUACAGGAACAUGUAGUUAAGAAGGUAGCCCUUUUUUAUAUAUAGAAAAUUAUUUGGGUGAUCUUGGCAAUUUA